CGUCAUACAGAUACCAUGGAUCACGUGAACAAAUUUAUGGAGAUUUUUAAAAAUCUCACGCGGUAUAUAAGACUCCCGAGUCGCCGAAACGGACACAAGCUGUCUUACUUCCGAGAAGUAAUAAGCAAUCCACAACCCAUCAACAUGUUCAAGCUGGCUGUCUUCGCUGCCAUCCUGGCUGUCGCCCUCGCCGCUCCCGGUGGUCUUACCGGUGUUGCCAUCAGCCACGGCACCGGCCCGAUCCUCGCCCCGGCUGUCAUCUCUGCUGCCCCCGCGCUCUCACUCGGUGGUGCCCAUGUGAUUGCCCAGCCCGUUGCCCCCGCUGUCCAUACCCCUCCUGUCGUCACCAGAACUGUCUUGGCCGGCCACGGUCUCGGUCUUGGUCUCGGCCUCGUUCACGGUUAGACUAGAAGAAUCAACGUAAACACAACCCACCACCACCGAGUCACGACGACGCAGCCUAGAAAACAAAAAGACAUACACACUUUCCCGACUUCCUCGACCUCGUAAUGCGGAAGAAAGACAGUAACUCGAAGAAAGACAACAAAUUUUGUAUACUCGACUCUUCACUUCAUCGUCAUUCUCCACGCGUGAACCAUCUGGCCCACAAUCAAGCGCGGGGAAGCGAGACCCAAAAAGGAAAAUGUCAGCGCGGACCGACCAGGACCCACAACACUCCGCGCGAGAUCGGUCAAUCUCUUUCUCCACAUUUGUCUUUUCUUCGUGCUUCAUCGACAAAAUUUUCGGACUUUCACCUUGGAUCAUUUCCACCGUCAUCCUGAACCCUACCCUCAUUCAUAUGGAAUUUUAAUAAAAUUUUAAUUAUAAAUCUAA